UGUAGGCUAUCUGACAUCUCGUUUUGUUGUUAGUGGACUGGGACUCGGAAAUGAAUCGAGUUUAGGGUUUAUGUUGAGUUUGUUAACGCCAAUAGCCUGCCAAGAGUAAUAUUUUGGCAGGUCUGGUCAUGGAUUUAGAUCUCGAUCCUCUCGCUUGUAGGCUACAUGUUCGCUCGGAGAAGAAGCCAUUGCACGGCUUGCUCUCUUCUAGCGCUAGAGCUAUGGGAGCUGAGCCUCCAUUAGCGACGGUCUGGCUGGCAUAGCCGCUGGUCCACGUCCAGACCCCAGAAAACCCUUGUCCAGUCUUUGCUCCCAAUGCUUUGUGAUAAUCUAGUUUGAUGGAUUUUAAUGUGCUCCGUGGAUUUUAAAGGCACCUUUGCAGAGGGGACACACGAGUUAUUUUCCAAGUGACUUAUUGUAUUCUUUCCCCCUCCGCUCCCACUUGCCAUCGCUGUUGAAUGUGUGUGUGUGUGUGCCUGUGCUGUCAGUGCUCUGAAGUCAGGUAUGUCAUUGUGGGCUUCACCAUAAAAUGGAGGAAGGCAGAUACUCUCACAGGAACGAGCCAGGAGGCAGACUAGAUCUCGUUGGCUACGCAGGAACAAAGGUGGACUCUUCUGUAGCGUGGUUUGCACCGGCUAUUCGGAAGAUCUGCAUGACUAGAGAUAUGCCUUUUAUUUAGCCUACAGCUGCUAAUAGGUUCAUAUUUUGGAUUUCUUCUUCAUGUAGGGAUUAACAUUGGUGUUGUAUUUUGAAACAGUUUAGGUAUCCUUUCCAUCUCCUAGAAAGCCAUAUUUUCUUAACUCUCUUCUUGUGGAACAUGGGGGGCAUUAGGGCUCGGUGGACUGUCAGACGGAAAGACUUGAAGAACUCUCAGACAGACUGGUGAUAAGCGGAACAUGGAGAAGGAGUCUGUGAUUCCUCUGCAAUGGAGGUGCUCCAGUGUGAUGGCUGUGAUUUCCGUGCUGAGUCAUAUGAUGACCUCAAGGCACACAUCCAGGAUGUCCACACAGCCUUCCUGCAGCCCACUGAAGUUGUGGACGGAACACCGGAUCCGUCGAGGUCUGUGUCUCCAAACUCCCUCAGCCACCCAGAGGAUGAGGAGGAGGAGGAAGACCUUUCGACUGGCACCGAUGAUGCAGGACUCCACUCCAUGGACACAGACUUGGGCCAGUUUUCCAACCACAAGCAAAGGUUAUGCAGCCAGGAAGCGAACCCCCCAAAUAAAUCCUCCAACCCAUUUUUCCAGUGCAAGUUCUGUGUCCGUUACUUCAGAUCCGAAUCCCUCCUAAUUGAACACACCAGGAAGAUUCACGGAGCGGUUGGAACUGCUUCAGAGAACAGAGAAAACUCCCUACAGACUGUCAAGCAGACAAACUACAACGUACACGUGCAUGAAGUCUUUGGGAAAGUCUUUUCUUGCCAGUAUUGUACAUUCAAGUUUACUCGUAGGACCAGACUGAUGAAACACCAAAAGAAGUAUCAUAAAGACAUUUUGUUGAAUUCUCCAGGGUCCCCUACUGAAGGGGAAGCUGACACUGAAACGGUUAAUAUGGAAUCAGAAAGUGAGGACCUCUCUCCGGAGAAACCCUUUGAUGAGGACGCACCACAGGAUCAUGUAGUGCGGAGAAUCUUAGACUCGAUGUAUAAAUGUAUUUCUAAGUCCAGUGGAAACUUAACAUGCGAGUGGUGUGAGUAUCAGACCCAUAGGCAAGAGAUGUGGUAUGAUCACAUGAAAAAAAAGCAUGGUAAUAUGCUGAAAAUUAUGUCAUCACUUCAGGAGGAUUGUGGAUCCUCCAAAUCAGGAUCUUCAUCACAUAGAAGCACUCCAACAUCCAACCUGAUGCCAAAUGAUUUAAAUGGCAAUAAAGAUUCCGUAUUAAAGGAAGCUUCUGGAAACGCAGUUGUGAAAACCACACCAGGGAUAUCACCUUUUCAGUAUUCACAGAUUUCAGCAAAAGUUCCCAACAGUACAGGCUCUUCCAUUUUGUCAGAAAGGUCAACCUUCGUCAUGUCAGAUAUAUCAAAUUCUGCCAUAGACUUAGAUACCAGUCUGCUCAACGAUUCCAGAAGCAGCUCCGAAGACGAACUUGGUGACAUGGAUGAUCCCAAUUACAGAGACCCCUUGUCAGCUGAGGAUUCCACUAAGCUGCUUCUGUCAGAGGAGGAUAAUAAAAUGCUUGAAACAAAAGGGAUCCCAUUCAGACGGCACAUGAACAGGUUUCAGUGUCCUUUCUGUUCCUUCCUCACGAUGCAUCGACGGAGUAUUUCUCGUCACAUAGAGAACAUACACCUGUCUGGCAAAGCAACGGUGUACAAGUGUGAUGACUGUGCGUUCAUAUGCACCAGUCCGCUCAAGCUGGAAAGUCACAAGCAAAAUCAUAUUGGCUCGUCUUCUGACUGGGACACUAUGGACUUAACAUUUGAGAGCCCAGAGGAUGAAAAUGAGACUACAGAUCCCUUGAAUGGGGAAAGUGCAGGCUCAAAGAUCAACGGCAAGAAGUCAAGUCCUGGGAAAGAGGUCGAUGAGCAAAAUCCUCAUCAGUGUACCCUCUGUAACUUUUCUACAAUGACGCUGAAAGGGCUGAGAGUUCACCAGCAGCAUAAGCAUUCGUACUGUGAUAAUAUAUUAGCGGAAAGCGCAGAGGGGUCAGUGAAUGAGCAGCAAGACACAGAAACUGAGACAAAUAGCUCAGCAAAUUUUGUACAAAAAACGCAAACAUCAAUCUGGGGAAAUGCCUCCAAAAAGCACCUUGUUGGUAAAACGGCAAGAAAGUCUAUUAAUGACCAACCGUUGGACCUGUCCCCAGUUAAGAAACGAACAAGAAUUGAUGAAAUUGCCAACAAUCUCCAAAGCAAGAUUAAUCAGAACCAACAGCAUGAGGAUAUGGUAAUCAACUUGGAGGACCUUGGCGAUGAUGAAGAUGAGGAGAAACAAAGUGAUUUUCACAUUGAUAGGGAGAAAGAUGUUCAUAAUCACAGCUACGCAUAUAAUACAAACGAUUUGUAUCUCAGAGAAUCAGGAGAGGUGAAAGAAAAAGGCAGAUCAGGGAAAAGAAAACGAAACCUUCAGGCAAAAGGUUCUGCAAGAAACAUUCCUGUUCAGGUUACUGUGUCUGAUGACGAGGACAAUGAAAAUAAUUUCAGUGCCUCUGGUGACAAAAAAUGUCAAAUUCAAAACAGCCAAGACAGCCAAAACACCUUCCAAGAGCCUGUUGAGUACACAGAGGAGCCUGGGAACCUUUUCUACUGUAAACACUGUGAUUACCAAAAUAAGUCAGCGCGUAGUGUAAGCACACACUACCAGAGGAUGCAUCCCUUCAUUAAAUUUAGUUUUAGAUACAUUCUUGACCCAGAGGAUCAGAGUGCUGUCUUCCGUUGCCUGGAGUGUUUCAUCGAAUAUACCAACUUCAAUGACCUGAACCAGCACUAUAUGGAACAUCAUCCAGGGGCGAGUAAUGUUCUCAACUUGAACCAACCGAAUCUCAUCUAUAUGUGUCGGUUUUGUUCUUACACCAGUCCUAACGUGCGUAGCUUGAUGCCCCAUUACCAAAGAAUGCAUCCCACGGUGAAGAUUAACAAUGCCAUGAUAUUCUCCAGCUACAUGGUUGAGCAGCCUCAGAAAAGUGCCGAGUCUCAAACACUAAGGGAGAUUUUAAAUUCAGGACCCAAGAGCUUCACAUCCUCCACACCAGUAUCACGGUCCUCAUCUAGCCCAUCCCUCAAAACCAUCUCUAAAGUGCCAGAAUCUAGUUCAGAUGCUGAGACCCUCAAAGAAACCGUGGGAGGAAGUGUUGUGGUCUACGACUGUGAUAUGUGUUCCUUUGCCAGUCCCAACAUGCACUCGGUGUUGGUGCACUACCAGAAAAAGCAUCCAGAGCAAAAGGCCUCCUAUUUUCGUAUCCAGAAAACCAUGAGAGUAAUCUCCGUUGAUAGAAAUCAUCAGGCUCCAAGCAACUCUUUCAACCUCUCCAAUACCCCAAAGUCAGCAAACACAAUACCAUUGGGCUUAAAUGAGGAGGUUUACUAUUGCAAACACUGUGUAUAUAGCAACCGUUCUGUGGUUGGUGUACUUGUCCAUUAUCAAAAGAGGCAUCCAGAAAUCAAAGUAACAGCAAAGUACAUCAAACAUGCACCUCCAACUCCUGGUCUGAUGAAGCUAAUGGAUGAGUUACAGAUUCCUCCCCCAAAGCAGUUCUUUAAACCGUUUAGCAACAAUGGGAUGGAUGCUUCAUGUAACUCAUCAACCAAAGGAGGUACGGAUAAAAGCGAAGCAGAGAUUGUGACAGAGUUGUUUUUUUGCCAACACUGUGACUACGGGAAUCGCACAGUCAAGGGGGUGCUUAUUCACUACCAAAAGAAGCACAAGGAGGUGAAAGCCAACGCAGACCUGGUGCGCAGACACACAGCUGUGGUACGCAGCCAGAGGGAGCGCGCCCAGAUGAGCCAAACCGGUGGCCCAGCAGUAGCCACCACAGUGUCUACGUCUGACAAUGACAUGUCACAGAAGUUAAGAUCGUUGAAGUGCAGGCAUUGCACUUAUACAUCUCCAUAUGUGUAUGCUCUGCGGAAACAUUUAAAAAAAGAUCAUCCUACUGUCAAAGCAACAGCCAUAACCAUCCUCAAUUGGGGUUAUCAGGAUAGCAUCCUUGAGGCUGGAUAUCACUGUGAAUGGUGCAUCUAUUCCCAUGUUGAACCCAGUGGGCUGCUCAUGCAUUACCAAAGACGUCACCCUGAGCAUAAUGUGGACUAUACCUAUAUGGCGAGCAAACUUUGGGCUGGUCCUGACGCCUCCCAACAAGGAGCAAACUCAGAAACAAAGCACUAUCAGUGCAGGGAUUGUGCCUAUGAGGCCUGCUCCAUCUGGGACAUAACCAACCACUAUCAGACUGUACAUCCCUGGGCAAUCAAAGUAGAUGAGUCUGUGCUACUUGACAUUAUCAAAGGUAAUCGAACACCAGAGAAGAUGCACUCAACUCAGUCAAAGGGACACAUUCCUGGCAUGUCGAGUCAAUUUGAUAAUUACCAGGCAGAUCAUGAAGAGGGCACGAUGGAUGUUUCCAGACCAUCUCAAGAGAGACAAUCCCAGCUAUCCUUCACAACAACGUCCAUUUCAAGCAGCCCAUAUCAAUGCACUGUAUGUCUGUCUGAGUACAACAGCCUUCAUGGACUUUUGACGCACUAUGGUAAAAAACACCCGGGCAUGAAAGUGAAAGCUGCUGAUUUCGCUCAUGAAUCUGACAUCAAUCCCAGCUCAGUUUACAAGUGCCGACACUGUCCGUAUGUGAACUCUCGAAUCCACGGUGUUCUAACCCACUACCAGAAAAGACAUCCUCUGGUUAAGGUCACUGCUGAAGAUUUUGCUGAUGACAUAGAGCAAGUAAAGGAUCUGGGAAUUGAGGGUGAUGAAAAGUGCAAGACACAAAGGCAAGGUUAUGGUGCCUACAGGUGCAAAAUGUGUCCUUAUACCCACGGCACAUUAGAAAAACUGAAAAUACAUUAUGAAAAGUAUCACAACCAACCAGCCUCAGACAUGUUCAACCUUCCUGUCACUCAGUUUUCUACCGGCAAAGAAGAACAAGUAGCAGAAUGCAGUGCUACAAAUGUCACUGACGUCCAAGAUGUUGACUUUGAUCCCGGCCUCUCUCAGUUUGAGAAGGGAGAGAAGCAUGCUGUUUUCAGGUGCCAGCUUUGUAAAUACUUCUGCUCCACCAGAAAGGGUAUAGCUCGGCACUACCGUAUAAAGCACAACAAUGUCAGGGCCCAGCCUGAAGGGAAGAACAAUGUUUUCAAGUGUGCCCUCUGCCCAUACACCAAUCCCAUCCGCAAAGGUUUAGCUGCCCAUUAUCAGAAACGUCAUGAUAUCGAUGCAUAUUACACACACUGUCUGGCAGCCUCUAAAGCCUUGAUUGAGAAGCCCACUAAGGUGAUGCUGCCCUUGACUCCUGAACCUGAAGGGGCCGGGAUGAGUGAAGAACUGAGACUUGCCGUGGAGCGAAGAAAGUGUUCCCUUUGUGCAUUUCAGGCAUUCAGUAGGAAAAGUAUUGUCUCGCACUACAUCAAGCGCCACCCAGGCGUCUUUCCCAAGAGACAACACGCAAGCAAACUAGGACGGUAUUUCACCAUUAUCUACCCAAGAGAGACGGACAAGUCCCCUGUUGUCGAGGAAAAUGAAUCAGUUGAGGUCAAGCCAGAGGCAGAGCAGGGGAUGGACCUUGAGUGGUUGCCUUUCAAGUGCUUAAAAUGCCACAAGCUAUGUUUCAGCUCAGCCGAUCUGCUCUGCAUGCACUACAACGACUACCACAGCAGGGACCUCAGACGUGAUUUCAUCACAUUUGCAAGCCCUGAGCACGAGGACUCCGAAUUCUAUCAGUGUGCCCACUGUGAGCUCAAGUUCUUGGCCCUUACUGACCUCACAAACCAUCUGAUGGAUCACAAUGAGGAAACCCAGAAGCGAGCAAUGAGACAAGAGAGGAGGAAGCAGCUCCAGAGCAAACAGAGGGUCAAUGAGCAAACCGAAACCAAACAGGAGAAGCUGGAUGCCACUGCUGAUAAGACCCCAAUAGGCUACCGGUGUAAUUUCUGUGUGGAGGUCCACCCCACCCUCAGAGCCAUCUGCAACCACCUGAGGAAACAUGUGCAGUACGGCGAGGCCAAAGAGGGCCAGCUGAAGCUGGAUGUCACAGAGGUGUCCUUUCCUGGUGCAGCAGAGGGCAUAUCCAAUGGCAACGCAGAGGACCCGUUGCCCAUAGAAGAUGCCGUGUCCACGGAGAUGGACUUAUCUGUGGCUGAUAUGAUGUCCACUGGAGAUGUUCCCAUGGAGACGGGGGAGACGCCUGAGAUUGGGGGUGCACCUCUGGCGGCAGAGGAAAAGGAGAGGCGGGUAGGGGGCCACCCCUGCGCCCAGUGCGACCGUGUAUUCAUGUCCAUGCAGGGUCUCCGGUCUCAUGAGAGGAGUCACUCAGCCAUGGCUCUCUUCUCUCGGGAGGACAAGUACAACUGCCAGUACUGCCAGUUUGUUUCUCCCUUUAGGCACAAUUUGGAUCGUCAUAUCCAGUCUCAUCACGGCCAUCACAAGCCAUUCCGCUGUAAACUCUGUCCCUUUAAGUCUGCUUAUCUAAGCCGACUGAAGAGUCAUCUACUUAAGUCACAUGCAGGUGAGAACCCCUACAAGUGCUUGUCAUGCUCCUUCUCCACCAUAACCAUCAGCCUACUGAAAGAGCACUCUCUGAGGGUCCAUGGAGAGAUGCUUACUCUCCCCAAACUCCGGGCGGGGGCAGCAUUGCGCACCUCGCGGGCCAUCUUGAGCUGUGAUCCCAUGGCCUUGACACCAGAAGGGGAAGAACCAGGCUACCUGGAGCCUGCUGACGUUCAGCAGCAACUCAGCCACUAUCAGCUCGCCUCACGGAACCAGACGUCCUGCAGCCCCCCUGCAUCCUCCUGUGUAGUGGCAGAGUCCCGUCCAGAUAACAUUCUCACCUGUGAGUUCUGUGAGUUCAGCUCAGGCUACAUGCAGAGUCUGCGCAGGCACUACCGCGAUCGCCACGGGGGAAAGAAGCUCUUCAAGUGCAAGGACUGUUCCUUCUUCACCUGCUACAAGUCAACCUUCACCAUCCAUGUGGAGGCUGGACACACCAGUGCCCCAGAAGAGGGGCCCAAAGACUUGCGCUGCCCUUUCUGCCUCUAUCACACCAAAUACAAAAGCAAUAUGAUUGACCAUGUCGUCCUUCACAGAGAAGAACGCGUUGUACCGCUGGAGGUCUCCCGCUCCAAGCUCUCCCGCCACCUGCAGGGCGUUGUGUUCCGCUGCCACAAAUGCACCUUCACCUGCUCCAGCGACGAAAGCCUCCAGCUGCACAUCCACAAGCAUGAUAAGAUAAAGCCCUACCAGUGCCAGCUCUGCUACUACGACAGCAAGUACAAGCAGGCUCUGGAGAACCACCUGCGGGACGAGCACAAGGUGAUCCGGAACUUUGAGCUUAUGGGACGGGUCAGUCUGGACCAGCUGGAGGCUAUGAAGGACAAGAUGAGCAACCGCAGCAGUGGUGAGGAAGAGGAGGUGGGUGAAGGCCCGGAAGAGGAAGGAGCAAAGGAGGACGUGGUGGUGGACAACAAGAGGGAUGCACAAGAAGACGAGGAGUCUGACAGGCCUGGGCCUACAGGUGGUGAUUCUUCAGAGAUUCCCUGCUCCCCCAGUUAUGGGAGCAUUCCCACUGGCAAGGAAAAGCGCUUUCCCUGUGAGUUCUGUGGCCGUUCCUUCACCAACAGUGCAGAGUGGGAACGUCAUGUACUUCGUCAUGGAAUGUCCGUUAACGACAGUUCAGAUGCCAGCCUCAUCCCAGCAAUAGGAACCACAGCUGAGCCUCUUAUUGGCUCUGCUUUCUUGAUGGAUAAAGGUGCCAGCCAACCCAGUAGUCCAAUCGAUGUGGAGACUGAAUAUCCAUCAGAUCUAUCAAACAGUACCAAUUUGAAUGAGGAAAACAAAGAAAUGCUUGACCAAAAAUGAUCUGUAGGACGACACCAUGUUGCUGUGAGGAAUUUUGGAGUGAACAGAAUGGGCUGCUUCGUAUAUGCUUAAAAUGAGAGAAAAAAAGCUCAAUUAACCGUUAUGUUAACCAUUGCUAAAUUUUAAAUGUGUUGCACAUUAGGUUGUAAUCCAUCCAUUGUUGAAAGUUAAACCCAUGAUAUUGAAUAACUUGGUCCCAUUGGACAUAUCCUAAUAUAUUGGUAACCAAUAGCGAAUAGAACUGUGAAGUCAUCAUUUAGGUCAAAUCUCAGCUUCCUGACUUCCAUCUUGGGAUGACUGAGCAAACGCAAUAGACGAAGAACAGAAUGAGUAUCGUGGAGCAGCGUACGCUCCAAACACUCGAUCAUGGUAUUUAGCCGGCCUUCGCUGGUUUCACUUUGGUGAGGGGGCUUCUGGCCAAGGCUGCUCCAUUUUGUUGUCCUCCCAAAGUGUUCCCCGAUCUCUUCAUUCCCCAGUGGUUUAGCCUUCAAGGCUGUGUGUUACUCUCCAAGUAGAAAGGUUUCUGCGAUUUGACCUGAAUGAUUCUUUUUUUUGUUGUUGUUUGUAUGUAUGUUUGUUUUUAUUUGACCCAUUUUUUUAAUCCAGAUAAAUUCCUUUAGGAAUAUUGGUGUGUUAUUUAUCUUAAUGUCAAUGAAGUUUGAUUUUUUUAUAGAUCUUAAGAUAUUGACACUGGCCCUAAAAUUGUGUAGCAAAUUGCUACUGAUAUUUGUGAUAUGUUUCACCUGCCUCCAUAGGCACUCCCUGUCCUUCCUUACACUUACCGCUUUUAACAACAUCCAACGUCUGACCAACUCCAAGAUGGCAGUGAAGACAUUCAUGCUUUCCCUUAGUGUGUCGGAAAGACAUGCUGGCACAUAUUCCCUCUUCAUAUCCAUAGUAUGUGCUGUUCACAUAUAGUAUAUACAUAGUAUAUGUAUAUUGUGUAUACAACGUGUAUACAGAAUAUACAUAUUCCUUUUUAUUUGGUGCAUUUGUCAGCAGUUUUUGAUUAAUUGGGCUCAACUGCAAACUGACUUAUUGUUUUACGGAUGACUCCUUAUAGAAAUAGGCAAGUAGUUCUAAACGAUGUAGCUAUGUAUCUCAGGUAGUACCCUCACUGCACACCCAUUCUCAGCAUGUCUCUUCUGAUCUAGCAAGUAGCAGUAUGUUGGCCCCUAUAGUCAAGACAAAGAGCAGCAAAUGCACUGGGUGGCGAGUGCUGGACGUGUCAAUGAAAUGCAGUCCUGUUGGCAGACAGCCCGACUUCAUGUGGGAAAUCUCUAAGGUGUCUUCACAGAAGCUGUUCAUUUUUUAAUUUUAAGAUACCUACAAACAACUUUGAAAUGAUAUGAGAGGUCAUAUAUUUAACAACAUGAUUUUUAAAAGACUUUGUAUGCUAUGGAAAGCAAAAUCACAUGUGCCAUCCUGCUGUGAUGACACGGAAGCCUGGCGUGCCAUCAGUUUAUUGUUAUGGGGAAAAAUAAAAUAAAAUAAAAGCAGAGAUUGUAUGUAUUGGAAGUUGCUGCUCUAAUACCCCAAAGCCUUAUUAGAUGCUCAAAUCAAAUGUUUUAGCUUGGUUAGUUUGCUUUUUGCUUCAACAUCCGUUGUAGUAAUCAGCCAACUAACAACAAAAAGUUCUCACAAUAUAAAAAAAGAACAUUCAGCAAUUGAACUUUAUAAUUUUAUGUCCAGAACAGAAAAAAUGAUUUUUUUUUUUUAAAGAAGAAAGCAAGAGAAAACUGUCUUGUUGGUACCAAAAGUGCCAGCCUUAUUAAAUUGCUGGCGGUCUUUGAGAUUGUCUUUCCUGAGCAAUGAACCAUUGUUGCAAGGAGGGAGACCCCAAGUGCCGUGUGGUGCAUUCUGGGAUCUCUGCAUGCCGAAUGCAACUAUGUAUAGAACUACUUGUCAAGUGUUUGAAACUGUGGUGUUUCAGAAAGGACUCUUACCUUUUACCCUUUUAAAUGUUAUAAUAUGAAACAAACAAAAAAGGUAACUUUUUGGAGUUUUUCCAAUCUCUAUCAAAUGUUCAAAGCUGUUGUUAAAAUGUCUGGUUAAGAAAUAUCUCUUUUUUGUACCUUAAAUUCCUGGGAGUUGUUUUGGUGACCUGCCUUUUCAUCCCUCUCUUCCUUUAUAAGGACUAGCAUAGCUUUUUAAAAGUAUCAUUUUAGAAAAAACAUUGGAGAAAUAAGCUUUUGAGUGACUGCUGUUAGCUGUCCAUCUCAUUCAUAACACACUGGAUAUGUGUAAAUAUUUUAGUUUUCGUCUCCAUCUCUUCUGACUGUUCAUCAUAGACUUAGGUCCUCCAUCUUGCCUUUCUCCUGUGAAAAUAUGGUCCCUGAUGGUGGGUUGUCAUGUUGCCUAGAAUGAAUGUUUACAAUUUUAUUCCAUUUAUUUCUGGAUGAUGUAAAUAUUGUAAUUCAUUGUCUUUUUUUUAACUUGUUAAUAAAGUUAUCAGAUAAUGUUA